AUGUCACCCGAGCGAGUUCCAUCGGACCAGACCGUUCAUCAAAAUUCCGAUUCAAAAGACGAACAUCAAGGCGACGAGCCUGCGGAUGAGCACAACGGUUAUGAUGACUCCGAAGGAGCACAAGAAGCACGGGAUCGCCAACUAGACCGUAUCGAAGCCCAAAUCCAGGCCGCAGCUCGUGCUGUAGUGGCUAGCAUUGAGCAAGACUCUUAUGGUGGAAAUGAAGACUCGGUGUUGAGCAUGCAAACGGAUGAAAGCUAUGCGCCAGAAGGGACCGAGAUGACCUACGGAGACACUGAAAUAACCUACGAAGGCACCGAGAUCACAUACGAUGGCACGGAGUUGACCUACGAGGACACAGAAUUGACAUAUGAAUCCGACAACGAUCAUCACUCAAAGGCAGGGAAGGGCAUGGAGAAUGCACAAGCUAUAUGUGAAUCAGAGAAUGAACAGCAUUUCGAACAUGAGCGAGCUGAAACUAGUUCAGAAGCAGUGGCUGAGCCUGAGGAGGCAUGUAUUAAUGCGCUGGAUACUAGUCAGGGUACGGUGGCAAAAUACGAACCCGACAACGAGCUUCUUCUAGACCAUGACCAAGGCGGUGAUUCCAGUUCUCAGCAUGAUGGAGAUAUCGAUGACGAUGUCUUCAGUCGGGACUCUGGUCACAGUGCACGGAGCAGCCUGAAUUCAUUCCAGGACCUUUCCAACCCGGAGGAAAUGUACAGCCAAAAAGCACUUACAUCUCCAACGGUUGGGGAGGAAGCAGCUAGCAGCCAGGAGGACGAUGCCAUUUCUCGCAUCCCCAGCGGAGGGUCGUAUAUGCAUCCGAUACCAGAUUCCGGGUUUCAGACGCCAAGCAAAGUCCACUCUCGACCUCCUUUCCGGACACCAUCAUCGGUUCGGGCGAUGCAGAUGUCCUCUCCAACCCCAUCCAUCUUCUCUUCUCCUAGAUCAGUGAAGCGUUACCUCCCAACCGUGUCCCGAACUGCAACGCCAAUCUCUCACACAUCCAAGAACAGAACUCCCACUCGGUUUAAGGCCAAAAAAGAAAAUCCGCUCGUCCUGCUGCACGUCACAGUGCUUCCGCUCCAAUGGUCAUAUUCACACCUUCUGUCAUCUCCGGAUCUUCCAUCAAGCUUGGACAAUCUGAAAGACAGUUGGAGGCUGCUCCAAGCAAAGCUAGGAGAUACGGUCCUCGAGCGCGGUGUCUUGCUUCCACAUCCACAAGACUCGUAUGAGGUUCUUGAAGAACGCCUCCUUGAAGCUCUCGAGCUGCCUGUUCGUCCCAGAGCAUUGAUAUUGAAGUGUGGUCACUACAUGGGCCCAUUAGAAACCGAAACUCCAUCCUCAGACGACGAAGGUAGUGAUUAUCGGAGGAAGAAUGGAGAGCAAAGAAAAUGGUGUGACAUCUGCCAACGAGGGGUUAGACUCGAGAACGGAGAGGAGAGGGGAAGGAAGAGGUUCAGGGUUAAGAUUUAUGCAAGUAAUGGAUUGAUGCAUGCUGGUGCGUGGGCCGCGGCUUGGAGGGAGAUGGAAAGAGUCGAUGUAGAAAUUGGGCCGUGGGUUGAGCCUGAUGAACACAUUGAAUUAGAGAAGCUAUCCAAAGCACAGCGCGAGCCUCCAGUUGAAGAGGAGAAUGAUGAUGGAUUUGUGGAUGAGGACAUCGACAUACACCAUGUCCAUGAGCACAUGGAAGACGAACACGAGCAAGAUCAUCAACCGAGUGACCUACUGGAACGGCAUCCUCAGGACGAUAACCUAUUUCGGCAACCUUUCGAUAGAGAAAGCGAGCACCAGGAGCAUGUUGAUCAUCAAAGAAAGAUCGAUGAGGACCAUGAGAUGAUAAAUAUGUUGGCAGAGGAAAGAAUGCGAGAGGUGUACGGGAGUGAACCUUCUCCCAUGGAACGACCCCAGUCCUCGCGACAAGGCAAAUCCAGAGCCAGGAUCAACGAAGACUCGCUAGCUGAUCUAUUGCUCGCUGCAUUCAAAGUUGCAAUGAGAGAUCGGAAGAACGUAGCCAUUCUUGUACUCAGCCUUCUGGUGCUGAUACUUGCGAUUAGACCGAGGAUGGUCGUUGAAACCGAAUUAAUGAUUCCGAUUGUGUCCACCGCUGUGCCUGACAUUCUUCCAAACACCGCACGACAUGCUGCUCCUGGCGCAGUGGAAAAUAUUAGUGUCGCUAAUGUCGCAACAAUGGCCCCGUUGGAAGUCUUAGAUGCGGUAACAGAAUCUUUAUUAUCGGCAUCGACUACUGAAAUGGCAGAGCAGAUGCCGACCCAGGUUGCGCAGGUGCAAAUGGAAAGGCCGGUAGAUAUCGCUCCGGAAGGCGAGGAAAUCCUGCAGAAAGUACCUGAAGCGGUGCAGCAAGACGAGCCGUUGAAAGUUGAUACCGAGCAUAAAGAUGAUACAUCUGACGAGGUUCAUAAGCUCGCCAAGGAUGUUGAGAAUAAUAUUCCAGUAGACUCGAGGGAAGACAACUACGAGCCACCUGUUGUUGAGAUAGAAGUUGAUUCUUCGACUUAA